GCAAAUCCUCGGCAGGCGACACUUGUGGAAGCUCAAGAUCUGCUAGAGCUCUGCAUAGCACGCCAUAGACGCCUCCUUAGCCCAAGUUUAUGAGCCUACCACUUUUCACGUUGAAAAAUAUGCUGUUCUGGUCCAAAGUUCCACCCACGAUCAUCAGCAGGGAGCCUGGAGACCAGCGCCCUUCUAGCAAAUCGCCAUGCUUCUAGGCUCUCUGUGAAUCUUUUGAUAAGAUGCUGGGGCGGACUCCGGGACGGGCUCCACUCCUGACCCAGAAUCAAAGCAGACGGGGCCGUUUGAAGAAAAGAAUAUCCACGAUGAUUCAAAAUCAACUUUUGGUACAUUGGACAACAUCGGGUUAGAAAGUAUUGGAGACAUACUCAGAACGGCGGCAUCAGAGGGAAGAAUUUCUUUAAAGAAGAUAGGGAAAUGACGAUUGCUAUGAAACCUGGGCACGAAUUUGCCGUUUUUAAGGGGACGAAAUCCGGCAAAGUCGUUCGGGAUAUCACACGCAGGGCCGCCUUACAGGGGAACGAAGUGCUGGUGAGGGUUACCCAUUCAGGGCUCUGCGGAUCCGAUCUUCAUUAUCGGCAUUCCGGCUGUGUCCUCGGGCAUGAAGGUGUUGGUGUCGUCUCUGAGGUCGGACCGAAUGUGUUAAAGUUGAGAGAGGGAGAUCGGGUUGGCUGGGGCUAUCUCCAAAAUUCCUGUGCCCACUGCAAGCAAUGCAUCAACGGCCACCAAAUACAUUGCCCCGAUCGCCAAACCUUCGGGAACCACAACAAAGACCAAGGCUCCAUGGGCCACGCUGCAAUCUGGACCGAACCGUUUCUUUUCAGGAUUCCAGAAUCCAUCACAAGUGCCGAUGCCGCACCUCUAAUGUGUGCAGGUGCCACCGUGUUCAGCAUCUUCGACCAGUAUAACAUCAGGCCGACAGACCGUGUGGGAAUACUCGGUCUCGGGGGACUGGGUCAUAUUGCCGUUCAAUUUUCAAAGCACAUGGGCUGCCAAACGGUGGUGUUCUCCGGUACGAAUGACAAGAAAAACGAAGCUUUAGCACUGGGUGCAGACGAAUUCUACCCCACGCAUGGGGUAGAGGAGUUCAAAGAUAUCGAGCCGGUUGACCAUCUCAUUGUCACUACCAGCGCCCAGGUGGAUUGGGCUCUAUAUCUACCUGUUCUUGCGCCGCGGAGCUCAGUCUACCCUCUCACGGUAGCGUUUGGAGAUUUCACUAUUCCGUAUAUGCCAUUGCUGCGUCAAGGUCUCAAAAUUGUGGGAUCCAUCGUGGCUUCGGUGCCAGUACACCAAAGGAUGAUUGAAUUUGCGGCACGACAUAAUAUUAAGCCAACGGUUGAGUUAUUUGAUAUGGACGAAGAGGGUAUUGAAAGAGCUAUGGACCGACUGGCAGAAGGAAAGAUACGGUAUCGUGCUGUGCUGGUUGCGCCAGAGUCUACCUAACCCUAGAUAG